GGAACCACCGCCUCUAGGGAUGGACGGUCAGACUCUGCGAAAGGCUGAGAGAAGUCGGUCCUGCUCUCGGGAGAACAAGGAGGGUUACACUAAGGACAUGGUGACAGACUUUGAUGAGAAACAUGAUGAGUAUUUAAUAUUGCUUCAGCAGAGGAACCGGAUAUUAAAGCAUUUGAAAGCCAAGGACCCCGUGCAGCUGAGACUGGAGCACUUGGAGCAGGGCUUCUCCAUCUACGUCAACGGGGCCAACUCAGAGCUGAAGGCGUCGCCACGGAGAGCCGUCCACUCCCACGUCUCCAGAAGUGCCUCGCAGGCCGAGGGGGCACAGGAUUAUGGACGAAGAACCCUGUUUCGAGAAGCUGAAGAAGCUUUAAGACGCAAUUCACGGACAGCCCCCAGCAAAGCCCAGCGCCGCGGAUGGCACCAGAAAUCUGUGCAGAUCAGAACAGAAGCUGGUUUGCGGCUCCAUAUCGAACCUCCUCUGGACUAUUCUGAAGAUUUUGAGCCACAUGGGGACACGACUGUCACUUCAAAGGAUGCUUCCGGGGGUCACCCACAGGGUUCCAAACCUCCGACCGGCACCACACCCUGUGAUGUUAACUUCUUCUCCCUCCAGAACGCUCAUGGACAUUCCAGCCUUCCAAGCAGUACGGACAAAGCAAGGAUCCUCUUAACUAUCCAGGAUGUAAUGGAGCUAAGAAAAAGCCUAGAACUUAGUGUCAAUCUACAAAGGAAGCAAAAGGACUGUUCCAGUGACGAGUAUGACUCCAUUGAAGAGGACGUGCUCUCUGAGCCCGAGCCUGAGGACCAGGCCCUGGGGAGCAGUCCCAGACAUGGCACCCCUCUUUCCAGGGGGGACUCCGUGCAGGAGGAUGCUCCUGACGACCAGGAGACGGCAGGACACCCUUCCCGGGGCCCAGACACCCUCGUGGUGCUGGAAUUCAACCCGGCUUCCAAAGGUAAUAAAAAGGAGAGGAAUCUGUCUGCUAAGCGAAACGACAAUGCGGAGGCCCUCGUUCCCAGCAAACGAGAGCCAACCCCGACUCCCCAGCCCCCCACUGUGUUCCCAGACCGGGAGAGGCCAUGUUCAAGACCUGGAAGCCGACGGGAGAGACUCCCAUCAGCAGCCCGAAAACCUGUGCUCCAGGCUGAGGACCCGCAGGAAGACGCAUCAGCUGUGCUCCGAGCCAUCCAGGUGGAGAAUGAAGCCCUGCAGAGGGCGAUCCUGAGCAGAAGGGCCGAGCCCCCCACCAGCCAGCUGCAGGGCGUGGAGGAACCCCCAGCAAAACCGUGGACUGGUCUGCUGAAGGCACAGGAGGAGAGCCCGGAGGUUGUGCUCCAGUCUGUGCUGUGUGCUCAGCAUACAGAUCAGAUUAGCCCCUGGCCUGGCGAAGCUUUCAGGCUACAAGCAAAUGAAGCCAUAAAUAAACAGCUGCUUCCCAUCACCAUGGAGACCAACACGGAGGAACCAUCCCAGGCGGCAGGGGGAGCCAGAGCCGUCAGCGCAGCCAUUGACAGGAUCGGCCUUUUGGGGAGCAGGCAGCAGCAGAAGCUUCUGGAAGUCCUCCGGGCCAUCGAAAGCGACUCUGCCCAUGUCAGCCGGGUGGCUUCACCAGCUGAGGAGCAGGUGCUGGCCCCAGAGGACAAGCUGUGGGUGAAUGCAGAGGAGAUGAAAGAUGCCAUCUACGUGACGAUGGAAAUCCUGUCCAACUGGGGCAACCUGUCGUGGGUGGGCCUCACCGAAGUCGAGUUCUUUGACCUGGACAACACAAAGCUGUACGUGUCACCUCAUGACGUGGAUAUCCGUAACGCGGACAUGCCUGGGGACCUGGGCCAGCUGGUCAACAGGAACUUGGCUAGCAAGAAAGACUCCUCCUUGUGGACCUGCCCCUUCCACCCGCCGCUGCAGCUCUUUUUCGUUAUCCGCAACACAAGAAGGCUGCAUGCCUUUGGUCUGGCCAAGAUCAAGGUUUGGAACUACUGGACAGCUGAUGGCGAUCUUGACGUUGGUGCAAAGAACGUGAAGCUUUAUGUCAACAAAAGCCUCAUCUUUGAUGGCCAGUUAGACAAAGGAGGGGGGGAGGCCCCGGCCAACCAGAGCAUCCCAGUAGGCCUGAGAAAUGAGCAGAUUGAGGGGGUGGAGAGCAGCUCUAAUGCCCCCUCGGAAGAAGGCAGAGGUGCCCAGAGGAUGGCGGGCGCCGCUGGGGACGAGGAGCUCAGCGUCACUGGCUCACAGCCAGCCGGAGUGGCAGGGGAUGUGGCGGUUACUUCACCAGGAACUUUAUUUGGUGAAAGGAUGAAUUCUCCUGGUUGCAUAAAAGACAGAUUGUCCAAGUUAGAGGACGAUGUCAGCUCGUCAGCAGCCCCAACCUCCAUGGGGGGUGAGCGUGCCCCUGUCCCCAGGCCCCCAGUGGAGUGCCCUCCGCUGGGCCAGGAGCUCUCCCAGACUCUGCAGCUGGAAAACCUCCCAGGCAGGAAGGUCUCUGCACCAGGGAAAACCCCCGCCUGGCUACAGCCCUCUUGCACAGGGAAAGGCAGGAGGCAGGGAGGCGGGAAGCCCAAACCCCUCUGGCUGUGUCCUGAGAAGCCACCCGAUGGGACGGACGGGCUUGUGCCGGAGGACGAGGACGUCUUCAGCGAGGGUCCUGCGGAGGCCGGAGAUGAAGGUCCCAGGCGCGAGCCAGGGCGGGCCAGCAGCCGGAAUGCCAUCUCAGAGGACAGAGCCCCGAGGGUGACCCCCAACGUCUGCAGGGAUGACUUUGACAUCUUUGAGCAGCCCUCCAACAGGGAGCGCCCCGCUAGUGGGAGGAGGGCCCGGAAGGAUGCCCUCAGCAGCAGUCACGGUGAUGGGCAACCAGCCAGCAGAGAGGAUGCCUGGUGCACCAGGCCGCCGCCGCGGCCCCAGUGGCGCAGCGAGCAGGAGCACACACUGCAGGAGUCCUGGAGCUCCCUCAGCGCCUUUGACCGCUCCCACCGGGGGCGCAUCUCCAACAUGGAGGUGCAGGGGGACAUCCUGGACGAGUUCCUGCAGCAGCAGAGGAGUGGCCGGCAGGGCGCCCAGCCAGCCCCCGGCAGGAAGCAGCCGGAGCCCCGGGUGGGGCCGGAUGACUGCAGAGACGCAGGCGACCCCAGCGACUUUAGAAUUCCCAUCUUGCCCUAUGGGCGGCACCUGGUCCUUGACAUCAAGUCCACGUGGGGGGACAGGCACUACGUGGGCCUGAACGGAAUAGAAAUAUUCAGCUCCAAGGGAGAGCCCGUGCAAAUCGCGAGCAUCCAAGCGGACCCCCCCGACAUCAACGUUCUACCAGCCUAUGGGAAGGACCCCCGAGUGGUCGGCAACCUCGUCGACGGGGUGAACAGGACCCAGGACGACAUGCACGUCUGGCUGGCCCCCUUCACGCCGGGCCAGUCCCACUCCAUCUCCAUCGACUUCUCGCACCCUUGCCACGUCGCCCUGGUCAGGAUUUGGAAUUACAACAAGUCGCGGAUCCAUUCCUUCCGCGGCGUGAGGGACGUCGAGAUCCUGUUAGACGCACAGUGCAUCUUUAACGGAGAAAUCGCCAAGGCCUCCGGAACCCUGACGGGAGCGCCAGAGCACUUUGGAGACACAAUCUUAUUCACAACCGACGACGACAUUCUCGAGGCCAUAUUCCGCUCGGAUGAGACGUUUGACGUGGACACGGAGGGCCCAUGCAGCCUGCCGUGCGAGGAGGCCCUGCAGAGGCCCAGCACCGCGGACGGCGGCACGGAGGAGCGGCCCUACACCCAGGCCGGCCUGUGGGCCCAGGUCCCGGAAGUGGAGCUGCCACCCAGCGCCCCUGUGCCUGAAGUCACCACUCCGGAACCGGGCAUCUACCACGGGAUCUGCCUUCAGCUGAAUUUCACUGCCUCCUGGGGGGACCUGCACUACCUGGGACUCACGGGCUUGGAAGUGGUGGGCAAGGAUGGCCAGGCCCUGCCCAUCAGCCUGCACCAGAUCUCCGCCUCCCCCAGGGACUUAAAUGACCUCCCUGAGUACACGGAUGACUCCCGGACCCUGGACAAGUUAAUCGAUGGAGCCAACAUCACGAUGGAGGAUGAGCACAUGUGGCUGAUCCCCUUCUCGCCGGGGCUGGACCACGUGGUCACGAUCCGCUUCGACAGAGCAGAGAGCAUCGCGGGCCUGCGCUUCUGGAACUACAAUAAAUCUCCCGAGGACACCUACCGAGGGGCCAAAAUCGCCCACGUCUCCCUGGACGGCCUGUGCGUCUCCCCUCCAGAGGGCUUUCUCAUCCGCAAGGGGCCCGGCAACUGCCACUUUGAUUUUGCUCAAGAAAUCCUCUUUGUGGACUACCUGCAGGCUCGGCUCCGGCCCCAGCCGGCCCAGAGGCUCAACACAAAAAGCCUGGAGCGGGCGAGCAUGGACUAUGAGGCUCCGCUGAUGCCCUGCGGCUUCAUUUUUCAGUUUCAGCUCCUGACCAGUUGGGGUGACCCCUAUUACAUCGGCCUCACCGGCCUCGAGCUGUACGAUGAGCGGGGCGAGAAGAUCCCUCUGUCGGAAAACAACAUCGCUGCCUUCCCCGACAGCGUGAACUCCCUGGAGGGCGUGAGUGGGGACGUGCGGACCCCUGACAAGCUCAUCGACCGAGUGAACGACACCAGUGACGGCCGGCACAUGUGGCUGGCCCCCAUCCUGCCUGGCCUGGUGAACCGGGUCUAUGUGAUUUUCGAUCUGCCUACCACCGUGUCGAUGAUCAAACUGUGGAAUUACGCGAAGACACCCCAUCGAGGAGUGAAGGAGUUUGGCCUCCUGGUGGACGACUUGCUCGUGUACAACGGGAUCCUGGCCAUGGUGGGCCACCUGGUGGGGGGCAUCCUGCCCACGUGCGAGCCCACGGUGCCCUACCACACCAUCCUCUUCACCCAGGACGUGGACACCCACCACCAGGAGAAACACACCGCCGUCAGCGGCCACGUGGAGGACCAGGAUGUCCAGAUGAUGAACGAGAACCAGAUCGUAACCAACGCCAAGAGGAAGCAGAGCAUCGUCGACCCAGCCUUACGCCCCAAAACCUGCCUGAGCGAGGAGACAGCAAGACGGCGGCGGUGCUGACCGGAGGAGGGAGCGCUGGUCCUCAGCCCGCCCGGGCUCCGUCACGGGCCCUGCUCAGCACCCUGUCCCCCUCGGGCCUCCGUGCAGCCCAGACCCCAGCGCCAGAAGAGAGCUGCGGCGCGGAGGGAGCCGCUGAGGAGAAGGACUCGAGGGGGAGGGCCUGGAAAAGACGGGCGACAGGCGGGGGUCAGGGCCUUCCGCUCUCCCAUAAACAGGCAGCAUCCACUCAGCUCCGUCCUGGUUUCCUGAGCCAGGUCUGGCUGGGCCGGGACAGGGAGGUGGGCUGGGGAGGCCUCCAUCCAGCCUGGAGCCGGGCUGAGCACAGCACAGGGCCCAGGCCUCAGAGACCAGCGCUCCAGAGGUGUGCCCGGGGGCUCCACCUGCAGCCCCUCCCCAGGCACAUGCCUGCCUCCUUUGGGGGCUGGCAGAGCUGCCUAGGAGGGUGGACUCUUCCCUGGACCCUCAUGUCCAGCCAGGACUGCUGCCACCCUCACUCAUCCCUCCAGGGCCCGCGGGAGAGGACAGAUCCCUCAGAGGAGCUGGUCCUGCAGGCUCCCCCCUCGGCGAGCUGGAAGGGGCUGGCCAAAGGCACGUGUCGCUUAGGAAAGGAAGGGAGUGGGCCCACCGUGCAGAGCCCUCGUCCUGCCCAGAUAGGACCGGCAGGCGGGCAGCUGCAGACCCUGGGGGCAGCGGGGACCCAUCCAGAAGCCUCUGGCCGGGAGGCAGGGAGCGGAGGACCAGGGCCGGCCCCACCCGCAGCCCCAGAGGCUCACCGUCCCUGUGAGCUCCCAAGAGGCCUCACCGCUCCCUGCCCGGCUAGAGCGCCCUGCCCGGCUGGAGUCUGCAGGCUUCUCCCGCUGGUUCUUUGGUCCAUGGCCCGCCCGGAGCCAGGAGUGGGGUUCUCGCUGCCCAGGCCCCCGCGUUCCUCCCUCUUCCAGCGGCUUCCAGCGAGUUGGAGCCGUGCCUUGCACCCCGCCGAGCGGAGCCCGGAGCACAUCUAUUUCCAUCUAUGUAACGAGCUCGGAUGAGGGACCUAAUUGCUUUCCCAGUGGUGGGUAAUUUCUCGUUCCCAAUAUUAAUCCAUUGUUUUCCCGGCGCCCGGCCCGGCCGCGUUACUGUACUGAGUGCGUUCCUAUGCAACCGCGAGCCUGCAGACACUUCCCGAGCCUCGCGGCCUCCUCGGGCAGCUGUGCAAAUGUGCUUUUCAUUCGGAGCGCGGGGUCCAUGUGAAGAUAAGGACUUGUUUCUCCCCAAGAGAAUCCAUCAUUCUGUAGCUUCCAAGCCCCAUCUCUCUGCUGUCCUCCCAGACGUGGCGCGCCUCUGGGACCGGGCUCCCAGGAGAGCUGACGCCGCUGGGCUGAUCAGGCCAGCUCUCAGUGCCCGGAUGUGCCAGGCCUUUCCAGGGAGCCGCGUCCGAGGCACGGGCACAGGUCAGAUUCCCGGGAACAUUGCCCAGACCCGGCACACUCGCCCUGGGCCUCAGCUGAUGUUUAUAGUAAUUGUGUGCACCAUGCAAUUUCGGAGGAAAGAACCGCUGUGACAGGCAUUAGCUCUAAAAUAAAUUUCUAUUUUUUUUUCUCUUGCAAAAUCAA